AUGACUGACAACGGUGGAAACAGGCGAGAUUCAUUUCUCGAGUUCGAUGAUGGACUUGAAGGAGCAGACGAUUUCACAACGGAACCCAAUCCCUUCGACGAUGUUGUGAGCGAUGAUAUGAGUAAGAAAGGUAAGCCACCAGGUUAUGAAGGCACGACUGACACUGCAACUUUGCCACCUGGCUACGACGAAGCUAUAAACGAGCCUACACCAACAGCUUCACAGCCAAGUCGCGAAACACUCCCACCUGGACUUUUGAACUAUCUCUCACAAUAUUUCCAAUUGAACGAUCAAGAAUUGAAAACCAACCUCUACGACUCCCUCAAAUUCAAGCUCACACAGGAAACCGAUCAGGAGAACCGCGGUGACCUCGACACGAAACCGGACUUAUACGGUCCCGUCUGGAUCUUUGCUACAAUAGUAGCUGCAAACUUCGUCGGAUCGAAACUGUUUGCCGUGAUCCUCGGUGGGAUUCUUGCCGGUGUACGGGACACCACAGACACUUUUGGAGGUAAUAGAUUAAUCCACUCGUUCUGGUUAUACUUAACGUACAGUUUUUUCAUACCAGCAAUCAUCGCUAAGAUGUAUCUACACCGAAAAGACAAUAUCGCUGAACUGAUAUCAGCCUUCGGUUACUCCACAUUGGUAUGGAUACCAGUUGGGUUAAUAAUAGAUCUAAUUCAGACGCUUCAUUCCGCCAUGCCAAUCUACGUCCUGUCCAUUGUAAAAUGGGUGCUAGUGGCAUUGGCCUUCGCGAAAAGCUCUCAGUUUCUCUACAGAAAGAUGAACACCGAGGACUCAAGCGACCAACUAGUGAAAUUCCCCAUAAUCGGUUUUAACGCCAUCAUGUGCGUAGUGGCAAGACUGCUUCUCUAUAGUUCAUGA